AUUUCCUCAAGUUUGCUUUAGGUCUUUCUCUUCCGGUUGUCGUCUCGUACGUGUGGCAGAUCCACAGAACAGAAAUGGCAAAGUCAAAGAAUCACACCACCCACAACCAGUCCCGUAAGGCCCACAGGAAUGGGAUCAAGAAGCCCAGACCAGACCGUUACGAGUCCAUGAAAGGGGUCGACCCUAAGUUCAUGAAGAACAUGCGUUUCGCCAAGAAGCACAACAAAAAGGGCCAGAAGACCGCCAACGCAGCAGCCAAGAAGAUCGCCGAUGCAGCACCUGCUGCACCUUAGACUGGGUGGUUACCUCCGCAUCUCCACGUUCCAUUGACUUUGUUACCAUCGCAAAUAAAGCUAUGCUCUGUUAAAAAAGGA